AUGUCAGGUAAUGAUGCCAGUGAUUGGCUCUGGUCGAAAUCUGACCUGGUUCUGUCAUCCCUUCAACAACAAAUGCCCCAAGGUCAAAAUGGUAAUAAACCACUUGCCUUUGGAGAAUUAUAUAGACUUCAAAACUUUUCUCCACGAGAAUAUACUCAAGCUUCUAUAGGGCUCACUAUUGCUUUCAUACUUGGAUUUCUUGCUUUAGGUUUGAUUAUUAUGAUUUUCUUCAGUAGAAACAAGUAUAGGAAAACUAUGGUAAUGAAUCAAAAAUUCAUUCUCAUGUUAGUUGGAUUGUUAUUGGCAAUUCAGAUAUUUUCAUUGAUUUCAAGAAUAAUCUUUGAAGCCAUUAGUUUGGAUAUUAUUGAUGACAUAUCACUAUUCAUUCAACAACAAAAUGGAACAGAAGCAAUGCAGAAUGCCCUCGCUACAAUGAAUAGUACAGUUACUGCAGCUGAGGCUGGAGUUUCAGAUUCUCCUAUUUUUGCUAUGGCAUUCUUUGGAGCAAUUUAUAUAUUCACAACAUCUGCCAAUUUGGCUGUCAUUACUUUGAUUGUUACAUUUGUUUCCUUUGUUUUCUUCAAGACAAUCAAGAGAGGUGGAACUAUUUCCAAGAGUCAUUAUGUUUUCCUUUCGAUUUUUGGAGAUGCCUUUGGUGUUUUUGUAUUUGUGAUUGUUCUAUUGAUUAGUUUGACAUUGGGGAUUGUGUACUUACUGGUAUCAAUUGGUCUCUCAUCUGAUUUCCAGACAGGAUUAUAUAUUGGUGUGUAUGUUCCCUAUGUUGUACAAAUUCUGUUACAGACUAUUCUCUUCAAUGUAAGUUUAAUUGUCCACCUCUUUUUACUUGAACUCACACUUAAUAGUUCUCUGCUGUGA